ACCUUGAAUGAUUCCUCAGAUUCAAAUUCGGACAGAAUUUUCGAAUUUUCUACUGGAUUCUAAGGAAAAAUAGGAUAGAAAUUAUCGUUAACACAUAGUUUAGGCAUCGCACUUGAGGAAUUUCUACAUCGCCGAUACGCAAGACCCGAAGAAAGGAGGAAAAAUGAGUCGAAAAGAGACGGAGAAGCAAAAACUCGCAAACGAGUGGUGUCAGAAACGACUAAUGAAGCUCUUGCAGUACGACGAGAACAAAGAAUGUCAGGAUUGCAUGGCGAAAAGUCCCCGUUGGGUUUCAUGGAACAUUGGAGUCUUCUUGUGCAUUCGAUGUGCCGGCAUUCACAGAAAUCUCGGAGUUCAUAUAUCGCGUGUGAAGUCUGUCAAUUUGGAUACAUGGACCCCCGAACAAAUUGCACAAUUAGAAACGAUGGGCAAUUCGAUGGGACGAGCUGUGUACGAAGCGAAUGUUCCGGACAAUUUUCGACGCCCCCAGACUGAUUCCGCCUUAGAAAGUUUCAUUCGUGCGAAAUACGAGACGAAAAAAUACAUUGCGAAGGAAUGGGUACCACAACCGCCCGCCAAACUCGAUUGGGAAAAGGAAAUUGACGAAGAGGAGAAGAUGAAAAAGAAGAAAAAGAGCGCUGCUUCGACGACGGGAGCAACAACAGGUGUCCCGAUUCUUCCUCCGCCCUCGACAGGCGGCGAAAAGGCAAAAAGUACGACGAAAACGGCAAGCAUUCCUCCUCCCUUACCGAAAAUUGGGAGCGUAAAUAGUCCGAAAUCGAGUAGAACGGAGCGAAAAUCCACGACAAAUGGCUCAAAUGGCGCGACAGACCUUUUGGGACUCAAUUCUUCGACGCAAAAUAGCUCGGAUAUCAUUUCGGUGCCCUUGAAACAACAAACUGACGCGAGCAACGAUAAUUUUGCGAAUUUUCUGAGUGCGGCGCCAACUACUGCCGUUCCCGCUGCGGAAAAUAAUGUACAGGAAUCAAAUUCAGGUUUAGAUAAUUUCACGUCGCUCGACAAAGAAGAGGCGGAUUUCUUCAAUCAAACGGCUGCCGAUAAAGAAAAGUCGGCGAAAAUGACAAAAGAUAGCAUAUUAGCGCUAUAUGGCUCUGCUCCCAUAAAUCCCAUCAAUAAUUUCAAUCAAGGCUUUAACGGAAUGCCCGCGACACAGAAUUUCAUGACGGCGGCGCCUCCGCAGCAAGCUGGAAUGUUCGCUCAACCGAAUGCCUUUGGCCAACUUCCUCCGACAGCGCAACAAGUGCCGCAAGCGUUCAUGAUGAACAACCAAUUUCCCGCGCAAAUGCCUCAAACGCAAUUCGCCGCGGCGAUGCCCAAUGCCCAAUGGGGAGCAGCUCCCAUGAUGACGCCUCCCGUUGUCGCUCCCGUCGCACAAACACAACAAAUCCCCUCACAAAUGUUCAAUUAUCCAAAUCCCUUGUCGAAUGUCGCUGUGCCUCCGAUGGCAUCUACAGACCCUUUAGCAAAGCACUUUGGGGGUCUCAACCUAAAUUGGCAAUAAUUUUUUUUUUUGUGUGAUUGAGUGCAAUUUACAAAGAGUGCUUAAAAAAUGUAGAAAAAAUUUAUAGAAAAUCCCCAUUGAAUUUGUAAAAAUAAGAAAAAAAAAUAUUUAAAGCUGUAAAUUGCUCCGGGAUCAAAAAAAAAAAAAAUAGUGCGGGAUGAAAAAUCAAACUUAGACGUAAAUACGGAAAAAAUUACUUAACAUAUACAACACACUUAAUAGAUAAAAAAACUGACUCAGAAGAUAACGAAAGUAAGAUAAUUAAUUGCCACAAAUUUCAAUCAUUUUUUUCUGACGAGAAAUAAAAAAAUAAAAUAAUUUCCGAUAAAAUAGCUGGAUAAGUUCCUUUUCUUAUACUAUCACAAAAUGAUAAAAAAAUGGAGACUAUGUUAUAUUUUAUUAUUUAAUAGACUUAUGAAAUUAUU